UUAUGCAUAUCAACAGCAAGUAGAUGCAAUUAAUUUUCAAUGAAAAAGCUAUUUCCACUAAGACAAAACACUCGCUCUGACUUCACCGUGUUUCAAUAGAAAAUACGGGUUUAUGGCCUUAGUGCGCCCUCUGGAGGAAGAGCUGCAUGUAACACAGACUGCAGUGAUGAGUUAGUAUCGCGUGCCACCCGAUGGUCAAACUCGACAGCUGCUUCAGGUCCGACAGAACAGCAUGUACGCCACCGCCGUCCUCAGUUCCAGAGAUUGCAUUUAUAUCUGACAUUUUACUAGCUACAAUAAUAAUAUAUUAAUGAAUGCAUGUGUAUUUAGAGAAAAGGAGCAGUGUGUGAUUAUCAGGGUGUUCAGAAGAGAACCGUAUAGUGCUAAAAACACUGAACUAAACAAGAAAAUCUAUGGCUUCGGCACAACCUCCAAACUUCUCCUGGGUGGAUCCUGGUAUAGUUGCAGGCCUGGCAAUGCCCCGAAUGACGGCCCACUAUCAGUAUCUGCUGAACAACGGCAUCAAACAUCUGGUGACCCUGAGCGAGCGCAAACCUCCUUACCGUGACACCUGUCCAGACCUGACCCUUCAUCACAUCAGGAUUCAUGACUUCUGCGCCCCAACGUUUGAUCAAAUCAACAGAUUCCUGUCCAUAGUGGAGGAGGCCAAUGCAAAAGGACAGGCUGUUGCGGUGCACUGUUUGCAUGGCUUUGGGCGGACGGGGACAAUGCUCGCCUGUUACCUGGUGAAGCGCAGGAAAAUCACUGGAAUCGAUGCCAUUAAUGAGAUAAGAAGCAUACGCCGAGGGUCCAUUGAAACCAGAGAGCAGGAACAAAUGGUGGUGCAGUUUUAUCAACAAAAUAAGGUGUAAAAUAAAGCAAUAAGCCCCAAGAAGCUGUGGUUUACAGUGAAUUUAUAACAGCUAAGGAGCAUUGCUAGGCACGCCUAAAACCCCCUUAGCUGUUAUAAAUUCACUGUAAACCACAGCUUCACUGGGAUUAUUGCUUUUAUAAAACAUUUAUUCCAUAUAGGUAUUAAGGUUUCACAUAAUAAAACAGAGCAAAUAAAGUGUAAUGAUAUAAAUAAAAACAGUAUUCUUCCACCAAACAAUGUAGUUCCUCAAAAAGUGGUUGCCGAGCAACACACAGAAGUAAACAAUGGUGUAUGUUUACGAUAACUUCGAACGCAGUUCAACCAAUCAGAAUCAAGGACCGGAACUAUCCGUUUUAUAAUAAGAAACAUUUAUUUUUAUGAUGCAGAUGUUU